CCCUAACCCAUCAACCGUCGUGCACUCACAAAUUCCAACCACCCCUUACCAUAUUAUCAACAAGCAUUAGUUAUAACUCAAAUAUCAUCAAUCUUACAGAGUAUUCUCGGCCUAGAUAGACAGUUUUAUUACUGGGCCUUCCUUCCACGGAAGACCAGUCAUCCCUCGGGAUCGUCUCGAUUCUCACCUUCUCCACGGACCGCGGGAUAUCCCGGCCCUCACCCACCAAGAGACUCACCCACCAAGCCUAAACCAAUCGAUCAUUCACCACGAUCAAGAUCAUCGUCAAAACUCCCUCGGCCUCAUACUUUCUCGUCCUUCCACUUCCUUGCUUACAGCACCACUCGCACGACGCCAUAUCCAAUAUGCCUACUCUCACCAUCGGCGUGCUGGCCCUCCAAGGUGGCUUCGAAGAACACAUAAACCACCUGCGCAAAGCCGCCGCCACCGCCUACCCUUCUCCUUCUCCGUACCAGUUCAACUUUAUCCAAGUCCGGACCCCUUCUCAACUCGAGUCCAGCAAAGGGCUCAUCCUCCCGGGAGGCGAGAGCACCACCAUCUCCCUCGUUGCCGCCGAAUCCGGUCUCUUGGAGCCACUGCGCGAUUUUGUAAAGCACAGGAGAAACCCCGUCUGGGGGACUUGCGCAGGCGCCAUCCUUCUCGCCGACGAAGCCAACGCCACCUCCACCAAAAAAGGCGGCCAGGCCCUCAUAGGCGGCCUUUCCGUCCGCGUCCACCGGAACCACUUCGGCCGCCAAGUCGAGAGCUUCAUCGCCGACCUCGACCUCCCUUUCCUCUCCUCUUCUCCGUCGGCCGAGGCCCAGCAGCCAGAAGCAGAAGUAGAAACAGCAGCAGCAGCAUCAUCAUCAUCCCCUUCUACGCCAUCACCAUUCCAAGCCGUCUUCAUCCGCGCCCCCAUCGUCGAAGCCAUCCUCCCCAUCGCCUCCGAGAGCACCGAGGGUGGCGCUGAGUCAGGGGCCUCGCCCCUCCCAGUCCGCCCGCCCGUCGAAACCCUCGCCGUCCUCCCCGGUCGGAAGCACAGGGCCGGCUUUUCUCGGCCCAGCGAGAGCGACGCCCCCGAUGCCAUCGGCGAUAUCGUAGCCGUGCGCCAGGGGAAUGUCUUUGCGACCAGUUUCCAUCCGGAGCUGACGGACGAUGUGCGCAUCCAUGUGUGGUGGCUUCGGGAGGUUGUCCGGGCUGUUGAAGCGGCAGCGGACGAAGGGGUGGGCGGCGAGAAGACGAGGGGUCCCGUUCCUGUGACGAGUGUAUGAGAUGAACGUUUUGCCGGUUUUUUUGGAUGAUGCCAUCGCACGGGCGGAAUUUAGGUGUCGAGUGGCGCAUAGAGUCGGUUUCUCCGGGGGGCGCGGGCCCUCUGUGAGUUCUCACCCCCCAUCUGAGGCGCUUUGCGAUCGCUAACCUGUGCUCACAGUUUUGCCGGCCUCGUCUCCUUGGUUGAACCUUAUACAGUUUCCUGUUCCUCCCAGCCUCCCUAUCCCUCGU